AUGACGGUUACUAAUUCGAAUUAUUCAAUGAUGAAACCGUGCAUAUCUACAUACCCUUAUCAAGUAGAUCUUGGAUCAAUUCCUGGGCAAGGGCGAUAUAAUCAAUUGGGAGGUGUUUUUAUUAAUGGAAGACCAUUACCUACUCACAUACGGUUAAAAAUUGUUCAAUUGGCAGCAGCUGGAGUCCGACCUUGUUCGAUAUCUAGACAACUACGAGUAUCACAUGGAUGCGUGUCAAAGAUAUUAAACCGAUACCAAGAGACCGGUAGCAUUCGUCCAGGAGUUAUUGGUGGAAGCAAACCCCGUGUGGCGACUCCGGAAAUAGAGGCCCGAGUAGAAGAAUACAAACGUAAGAACCCUUCAAUAUUUUCGUAUGAAGUACGCGAUCGUCUGAUCGAAGAUGGUCUUUGCGAUCGCACUACAGUACCAAGUCUUUCAGCACUCUCAAGACUCCUGAGGAAUCGUGAUCCCGAGCAAAAUGAGAGUACCAUGGCAUCAUUACCCGACGGAAAAAUCAACUCUGGGUCUGACUGCGAGAGUGAACCGGGAAUUCCGCUGAAGCGCAAGCAAAGAAGAAGUCGGACGACAUUCACCGCUCAUCAGCUUGAUGAAUUAGAGGCCUCAUUUAAACGGACUCAGUAUCCGGACAUUUACACUCGGGAAGAACUCGCUCAGAGGACCAAGCUCACCGAGGCCAGAAUUCAAGUCUGGUUCAGCAACAGGCGAGCUAGACUUAGAAAAACCCAUAAUUCUGCACCACAACCACCCCCACCACCACCACCACCUGGAUACAUGCCUAGUUAUCCAACAAAUGGUUACCUUCAUUCAGGACAUCCUCAUGGACAUCAUGUAUAUCCUGGACACGGAGCAGCUACUACAGGUGCUGCGCCAAUCGCUAAUCUUCCCACACAUCCAACGCAGGCUCACUUGCAAGAAUCUUCAUUCUCACAAGAUUUAUAUUCAACACUUCCUGAUAUUUCAAUAGAACAAAACCUGCGUUUAACCUGCAAUACAUCCUCAUCAUACAUGUUACCAUCAAGUUACCCCCCAUCAACACUGGUCCCGAGCAACGAACCACCUCAACAGGUUCAAUCUUAUCACCAGCAUUCACAUCAACUUCCACCUACCCCAAACUCUAUUUCAAACAUUAUGUCCGAACAAUUGUCACCUUCGACUGAUCUCACCUCAAUCGGAUCAGUCUCGCCAACAGAACACCACCAAAGACUUCAACAACAACAGUCAACAAGUCAGGAUGAGUCCCCACCGACUUGGAAUCAACAUCCUAUUAAUGGACGACUUCACUCUCCCUCGGGGAUCCACCAUCAAACUUACACUGGGCAUCAUCAAUCUUUCACCGGGUACGCGUCAAACGGGUUUCAACAACCAUCCAGAUCUUCUUUUUGGUAUCACUCACAGUAA